AUGUCCAUCUCUUAUUACAGAGAGGGAAAUUUAAGAGAACGGGGGAUGCCCAAGCAUCUCAUUCCGGAGUUCUUGCACAGGCAUCUUAUGGCUUCAAAGAGGUAUUUCCUUUCUUAUGGUAGCCUCGAUGGACCAAAGAAAAAUACUGGCCACCAUGAUCCAGAGGAAAAAAUGCAGCUUCAUAGAUCUCACUUAAAAAUUCCCCGUCUUUUUUUCUCAGUUCAUGAUCAUAUACAGAUGGCAACACCCAUCCUAACCCUGGUUAUUGCCAUCAAUUUACCUGCACCCUGCUUUGUCUCAAUUCUGACAAGGAAAAAUAACGAACAAUUUACAAAGAACAAACCACAUUGCCUUAAACACACCAACUUUGGUUAUAAGGAAACCUUGAGAGCAUGA